UAUCAGCUCAUAGCGACAGUGGUGGAUCCGAAAGGGUCGGAAUUUCCUUUGGAUGAUAAGUACGACGUUAAUUCGGGCGCUGAUCAUCUUCUAAUGGAAGCCCGCCUAUGCAAUUUCAUGUGGAAGGCUUUCAAACGAAGCAAGAUACUUCACAAAUUGCAAUUCGGCUGUGACAUGCAUGGGCGGCAAAAGGAGAAUGCGGUCCUGGGUUUGCACUUUAGAAAGGAUGAGCUUGCAUACUUUGGUGUACCAGCCAAUAAUUCGGUCCUCGGAGAAGAAAUUGUGCGGGUAACCAGUCCGAUUCCACAAAUGUUUGGCCUGAAAGAGGUUUCUUUCCCACAUAGGAUUCUAAUGAACAGUCGUCCUUGUGCCGUUCGAUUAUCCAGCUCGAUCAACCUCACUGCCUCUCGACAUGAAAAAAAACAGUGCCUGUUGGACACAGUGCAUAAGGGUGGACGGAAUGCAAGCGAAAUAAAAUACGAAAUAUCCGUAGUGAAACAGGAGACGGCACCAGAACCGCACAAUCUGCAUCCAGCCCUCUUCAAAGAAAGCGGUCAACCCACAGUUGCGCAUCCGGUGAGUAUUCUUGCUACAAGAUUUGGCACGCCGAUUGCUACUCCUCUCUUUAAAAAGGGCACGCAAACAGCGUAUGAAAACUACUGUGGCAUCUGCUUACCAGCUUUGGCGUCGAAGGUGCUCUAUGGUUCUAUCCUUCGGAAGUUCACUCAACAAAGCAGAAGGCCGAUCCGUGAAUACCGAGCUGAAUUCAGUCCUGCAACAAGACGCACCAAUCACAUAUUCACCCUCCGAGAAAUUAUUGAAUCCCGACAU